GUAGCGGCGCAGAGUUUCACAGCAAAACGGUGCCUGCAGUAUCUUAGAUUCGCUCGUGCGAGCAUUCUCUUGCAGAGCAGAUUCCGCCAACGGUCAUGCCGACGGGCGUAUCGCAAAUUGCUUCGCGGCCUUCUGUGCCUACAGGGAGCCAUACGCAGGUGGAUAGCAAGGCGCAACGCACGUCGCCAGGCGGAGCGACAACAGCAAUGCUGGCUUGCUGCCGCCAAGGUCGUCCAGGAGUUGGAAGACAUCGGCCUCUGUCAAGACCAGGAUGUGGAGACUGAUGCGACAGUUACUGCUUCAUCUUCUCAGAGCUCCUGCGAGGUAGCACGGGAGCUAUUGCAGGCGGCUACUUGUCAGGAGCAGGAGGCCGAUACAGAUGCCACUGGGUCUGCCGUAUCCUCACAGAGCUCUUGCAAGGGAUCUGCUAGCGGCGAAUCGCCUUUGCCAGGUGCACGAAUCAACGUCAGCGACCUGCAGCCGGAGUCUUUCCAGGACGGCAGCACGUCCCCGGCAAAGGUGGAGCAGGACAACGAUGUUGAGCUCAUGCCACACUCGGCAAGGCUCCGCCGGGCUCUUCCCAUCCCUCUGGCCUUCCAAACCUGCCCAGACAAGCCGACCUUGCUGGCGAGACCACUUUUGCCAGCCGACUUGGCGAAGCCUGGCGAGGGCCCGCUCAACUUUAGCGACGUGACGUUGGAACCCAGACCGAGUGGCCUCGAGCAUCCGCCCGUCGAGGCCGCACUCACUGCGCUUUUGGAGCUGCAGCGCGCAGCGUAUGACUGGGGCAUGACGGAGGCGGUGCGCGCCGCCAAGGACGCAGCGGUCACCGUGGCCUCGCGCGCACCAGCACCGCCACGGCAGUUGCCGUGCCUGAAUACUGGGGGAGAGAGCCGCAAGGCUGUAGAGUCUCCAGGGCCCAGCACUGGAAGCGCGGAAUCAAGAGCUUGA